AUGCGGCGCGGGGCAUUGGCCGGUAGCAGAACGGGAUUCAGCGGGCCAGCUAGCGUAGUCCGCUGUAUCAAGGCCAUAUCUAGACUGCGGGAAGAGCUGCGUUGGUGCGACCUACAUGCUCAUUCUUCGACGCAUGCAAACCUUGCCCAUAUACUUCGACGCCGUCUUGAUCCGGACCCUGUGUCGCUGUAUGGGCGGGAUUCAUCAAGCCCGCGUGUCCCGAAGCAAGAAUAA